UUUGUUCCAUACUCACCCAGAGGCCAUUGAGUCAUUCCUGGCCUUCAAAGAUUACAGCACGGUGCGGGACAUCGAGCAAAGUGUUGUCUUGAAGGCUCACGCCCUUCGUGUGAUGCAGACAGUGGACAAAUGCGUCACCAGACUAGACAACCUGGACAAGAUGAGCAAUGUCAUAACAGCCUUGGGACGACGACACGUUGAUUACAGAGCUAACAUCAAGAUAGUGCCGAUAAUCGGUCAACAGUUUGUCUCCGCCAUCGAGCCCAAACUGGGAGACAUGUGGUCUCCGGAUGUCCAGUGUGCCUGGCAGGGGCUGUUUGCCGUGGUCAACUUCCAUCUGCAGAGUGGCAUGGCCGCGGAAAUCAGGGAGAGAAAUGCCAGGAGUGAUGGGGAAGGUGGUGGUGGGGCUCGUGGUGGGAAAUAGUGGGGAGUGAUGGAGAAAUAGG